AAUUGAUGGUAGAAAGUGUUCGAGUGUCCAAUAUGAAACAAUAUCUACUGUUUGCUGUCGUCUUUGUGGCGAUUCUGGUGCUGAGCAGAGGGCAUCCUCUGGAGGAUCAGCAGGUCACGCUGGAAGAUGCCGAAGUGCAGCCCGGAAUCGAUGAUGGAACUGGAGUGAGAGCUGCCCGUCACUUUGGAGGAGGAUUUGGAGGAUUUGGCGGACGUGGUGGCGGAGGAUUCUGUUGUGGCGGUGGUGGUGGCUUCCGGCGCGGAGGAUUCGGCGGUGGUGGCUAUCCCGGUGGUGGCUAUGGCGGCUAUCCAGGAGGCGGUUACGGAGGCGGCGGUGGAGGCAGUGCUUCAGCCUCGGCGUCCGCUUCAGCCAGUUCCAGUUGGGGACGCUAAUAACUUUAAUUUGCCUUAAAUUAAUUGAGACGAAAAUAGACAAAUGUCCAAAAUGUAAACAAAAA